AACUUCUCCUCUUCGAGUCCAACCAUCCCCUCUCGAACACCCCCCGCACCACCCGGCCGCCCCCCGCCUACAAAUAAAUUCCCCGGCAUUUCCAGGCCUCCCACCCUCUCUCUUCCUCCUGCCUCCCGCCCUCUUCCUGCUGCAGUCCUGCCUCCCGCGAGCGCGCCGAAUUCCAGGUGCUCGUGGCUGGGAGGUAGGUGCCGACGAUGGAGUUCAAGGUGGCCGCCAAGGCCGCGGCGGCGUCGCUCGCGCCCACGCCCGCGAACCAGGGAGCGCAGGGCAGGAGCCGCGUCAGCUUCGUCUCCGGCCCAGCGCCGACCAGGACCAAGGCGCUCUGCGCGGCCAGCAACUCCGCGACCCCCGUGGCCAAGGAAGAGAGGGUUGAUCGAAGUGAAAUAUUGACAUUGGAUAGCAUCAGGCAGACUUUGAUUAGACUAGAAGACAGCAUCAUCUUCGGCCUCUUGGAGAGAGCCCAGUACCGCUACAACGCUGAUACAUAUGAUAGCAACUCUUUCCACAUGGAUGGUUUUGAAGGAUCUUUGGUUGAAUACAUAGUUAGAGAAACUGAAAAGCUCCAUGCCCAGGUUGGAAGAUACAAGAGCCCAGAUGAGCACCCAUUCUUUCCAGAAGAUCUGCCUGAGCCAAGGUUGCCACCUAUGCAAUAUCCAACGGUUUUGCAUCCCAUUGCUGAUUCUAUCAAUAUCAACAAAAAGAUCUGGAAACUGUAUUUCGAUGAGCUUCUUCCAAGAUUGGCGAAAGAAGGAAGUGAUGGUAACUAUGGAUCCAGUGCUCUUUGUGACACGUCAUGCUUGCAGGCACUCUCUAAAAGAAUCCACUAUGGGAAGUUUGUGGCAGAGGCCAAGUUUCAGGAGUCACCAGAAGCUUACAAGCCUGCCAUAAGAGCUCAGGACCCUGUUCAACUCAUGCAGCUUCUCACAUACGAGACGGUGGAGCGUGCUAUCGAGCAUAGGGUUGAAGCCAAGGCCAAGAUCUUCGGGCAAGAGGUGAACAUCGGUGCUGAGGACAAGGGCGCCCCACCGGUGUACAAGAUCAACCCCAGCUUGGUCGCCGGACUGUACAGGAGAAUCAUGCCGCUAACCAAGGAGGUUCAGGUCGCGUACUUGCUUAGGCGGCUGGAUUGAGUGCGCUUAUACUGCUCUGAACUCCCAGAUUCGAACUUCCUGGCGUUAGAAAUUACUUGAAGCCAGAACGUCAGUAGGUAUCUCACUUUUGGGGACUGGUCGGAGAACAUACCGUGGGUGGAGUUGUGGCAGGAACAUGCAGAAACAUCAUGUGGAGUUGUCGCGUACUCGCAUGUGCAUGUAGGGAGUACUGUUAAAAGACUUGAAUGCUGUAUGCGAUGCUGGGUCACCUUCGUUGGUGGGUACCCUUGUGAAACCGGAUGCCGAAUGGCCGAACCAUCUACAGUAUCUCAGAAUUAUGAUGAUCUU